UGGGAUUUGUCAACCAUGUCCAAGUCAACUUGCCUCCCGGUUUUUUGCGUUGAUGCGUUCACCAAGACGGCAUUCAGUGGCAACCCCGCGGCUGUCUGCCUCGUUUCAGCGACCAGCACGAAUCUCACAGAAACAUUGAUGCAGAAGAUCGCAGCUGAAAUGAACUUGUCGGAGACAGCUUUUGUUUUCAGUGAGGGAAAUGAAGAUAGCUUCAAGAAAAAUUGCAGGUUUGGCCUGCGGUGGUUCACGCCCAAGACCGAAGUGAAUCUCUGUGGCCAUGCAACGCUUGGGUCGGCUGCUGUCCUGUUCAACAAGAUAGGAAAUGAGUCACAAGAAAUAAGUUUCGACACAUUGAGCGGGAUAUUAACCACACGGCGACAGGACAAGUUAAUCUCCAUGGACUUUCCCUUGAACCCUUCUGAGGAACAGGAUAGAUCCGAAAUGGAAAAUCUCCUUAAGGUUGUUGUAGACCCGUCACUGAUUCAAGAUCUGGAAUACUCCCCCACAACCAAGAAGCUGGUGGUCCGGUUGUCGGACUCCGUGACACGAUCGGAGCUGGAGAGUCUACAGCCCCAGAUACCCCGUAUGGUGGAGAGUGAGAGAACGGGCAAAGUGAGGGGGGUGAUCAUCACGCUGAGGGGGUCCCAGUCUAACGGAGCGGUGGACGCUGAGGGGAGGGGGUACGACUUUGUGUCCAGGUACUUCGCCCCAUGGGUGGGGAUACCGGAGGACCCUGUCACGGGGUCGGCCCACACAGUACUGGCCAGCUACUGGUCAAAACAGCUGGACAAACACGAGCUUUACGCUCGCCAGUGCUCGCCCCGGGGUGGGGACAUACACCUGAGGGUGGCGGGGGAGCGGGUACACCUGGCAGGGGACGCUGCCAUCAUUAUGACGGGGACACUUGAAAUAUGAUUCAACCUCGACUUACAGGGGAAUAUUUUUCAAUAUUUAGUAUGCAUGCAUGUUUUUUUUAUCAGAAAACGACAUUGUAUGUAUGGUUUCAUGGUAUUUGAAAUAGAUAAUAUGUAUUCAAGUUGUAUAUGUUGGUAUACCCAUGUGUCUGGUUUUGGGCAUGUUUGUUGUUUGCAGCGGUCGUAUGUGAAUGUUAUCGUUUGUUUAAGAUUUGUUUGUCUGUUUGUAUGUUGCUUAACGCCACUUUCAGCAAUAUCCCAGCUAUGUGACUGCGGUCUGUAAAUAAUGGAGUCUGAACCAGACAAUCCAGUGAUUGAUAUCAAGAGCAUCGAUCUACGAAAUAGGGACACGAUGACAUGCAUGGGCGAGCCUGACCACCCGAUCCCGUCAGUCGCCUUUUACGCGACAAGCAUGGGAUGCUGAAGACCUAUUCUAACCCAGAUCUUUUGUUUAAGACGGACAUCGGUGGAUAGAACUGGAUACGUGGUUCAUUCCUGCAAGACUUAUAAAUGCAUGUUAUUUAACAUCCGGUAUGUUAUCAUAAUACUGUUUUGUUUUAUUGGUUUUUUUUAAUUUCAUCGGUUGUAUUUUUUCUUCUUUUUGUUUGGACCUUUUUUGCGUGUUUGUUAUUAUUAAAAAGAGUAAGCCAAAAUAAUGUUCAGUUAUUAUUCA